AUGCUGCAGACUCACCGGCCCCAGUUAGGCUGGAUCCCACCGGGCCGGGAGGAUCCUCAGAUCCUGACCGCUCCGGGAGACGGAAGCCGUAGAAGGGUCGGCACACUGACAACCAGGGAGAAGAAGAGACCACGCACACGGCCAUACAUUCCUCGUUCGCGGAAGGGGAAGCCGUCCUGGGCUCGCAGCGCUGCUUCCCGGGGCGGCUGUCAGGACCUAAAGCCCAGCCGCCAGGAGCAACCGAGUCGCAAUCAGUGCUGGGCCACCGAGCUGGCGGCCCAAGGGGAAUCGCAGAGUCCUGAGAAUCUCUCCAGCACCUCUGUGUCAACUCCAGAAGUAUUUAAGAUAAACUUUAUAUUUCCAAAUGGGGACAAGUAUGAUGGGGACUGUACAAGAACAUCUUCUGGAGUCUUUGAGAGAAAUGGAAUAGGUAUUCAUACCACUCCUAAUGGGAUUGUCUACACAGGAAGCUGGAAAGAUGACAAGAUGAAUGGUUUUGGAAGACUUGAACAUUUUUCAGGAGCAGUGUAUGAAGGACACUUUAAGGACAAUAUGUUUCAUGGAUUGGGGACUUAUACAUUCCCAACUGGGGCAAAGUACACUGGAAAUUUCAAUGAAAAUAGGGUGGAAGGUGAAGGACAAUAUACUGAUAUCCAAGGACUAGAAUGGUGUGGUAACUUCCAUUUCAAAGCUGCUCCAGGCCUAAGACUAAAGCUGCACAUGUAGAUAUUCUGCAGUGAUCUUUUAAUGUAGUAAUUCAAGCUUUUAGCUGUAAGGAAAACAACUAAAUCUGUCAUCUGAAAUAACUUCAUACACUACCUACAUAUUAUAAUUUUGCCAAUAAAACCAUCACUCACUUA